CAGAUACCAAAGACGAAACAGCCGCUUCCAAGCCAACCCCCACUUCACAAACACAUAUGUCCCCCGCCACCGCCCGCGCCCACCCCCCUACCAACCCCCCACACCAAACCACCACAGCGGUCCCUUCAUCCCCACCCCUUCUUUCUCCCCAGACCACCAUUUCCAGGCCAUGAACUCCAUCCUCGCCGAGCGUGCGUACCUCCUCUCAUCCCUACAGCGGGAAGACGUCCGCGCGACAGCACUCCUCACAGUCAUCGCGGACCUCAAUGCGCGGAUGGCAUCGGGGCCGCCGACGCGCGGGAAGGAGAGGAAAUUGAUCAGGAGGGAUUUGGAGGCGAAGAGACAUGCGGCGGAUGUGAGUGUGAGGCAGGAGAAGAGGAUUUUGCAGAGGUUGGGGGAGGUGACGCUGGUGAUUCAGCAGAGGGAGAGGUGGUGGAGGGUGGAGAGGGAGAGGGGGAUGGGGGGUGGCUUUGGAGCGGAGGCGAGGGUAGAGGGGGGAAUGGGUAGGAAUGCUUGGGGGGGUUGGAAUGGAGCUGAUGUGGUUUCGUGGAAUGGUCAACAGGUUCAGUAUGAAGGCCAGCUACAAGGAUAUUAUGGUGGUCAGGGAUGGGUCCAGCAGGUAUCACCGCCGGGGUAUGUGAUGGUUACUCCGCCAGCAUCGACGGAAGGUGGUGGGAUCAUAGGUUGCAAUGACUGGCAGUUUCCAGUUCCGGUUGACAGCUCCAGCGACUGGAAUAUGUCUCGAAUCUCGGGGGCUGAUGCGAUGGAGCACAAGCCAGUGCGGGUGGCAAGAUCGGAUUCAAUGGUUGAGGUUGCAGCAGGUCGUAGAAGAGCGCAGAGCAGCAUGAGCAUGCCGGAUUUAGGCUCCAGCUCAUGGGGAGGCGACUGUCCCCAGUACCUGGGUUAUUAUUCUCCAGGAUGCUCGCCGGAAAUGACUGGUGGAUCGGUCAAUUAGCAUACAUGUGCUCGAAGACACGAUGGAAUGAGAAGCGCGCUUGUACUGUAUUGCAUAUUUGUUGUCUUGGGUAUAUUUACAAUAGUAACAGCACAUAUUCAUCCG